GUAGGCUCUAUGGGCGUGCGCAGCAUCAGCGCCAGAAAUCAUUCAGACUCGGUUUCAGUAAAGUCCGAUUUGUUUCUGCUCAGUCUCGGACAAUGCUGAUUGUGAUUUUAACUCAUGAUCUCUCAGAAGAUGGUCGCAGCACACAGCUCCAGCUCUUCUGCUUCUGCCGAAUGGAUCGCGUGUCUGGAUAAGAGACCAGAGGAGCGCUCAGGCGAAGAUGUGGACAUUAUUUUAGCUCGUCUAAAAAGUGUGAAGGCCUUUGAGAAGUUUCAUCCUGCUCUUCUUCAGCAGAUCUGUCUGUGUGGCUUUUAUGAAUGUCUGGAGAAAGGCAUCACAUUAUACAGACAGGGUGAUAUUGGCACUAACUGGUAUGCUGUCCUGUCUGGAUCUCUGGAUGUGAAAGUCUCAGAAACGGCAAACUAUCAGGAUGCCGUCACCAUCUGUACACUGGGCAUCGGCACAGCUUUUGGGGAGUCCAUUCUGGACAACACGCCACGGCACGCCACCAUCGUCACCCGAGAGUUUAGUGAACUUUUGCGGAUUGAGCAGAGGGAGUUUAGGACCCUGUGGGAGAACUAUCGUCAGUGUAUGGCUGCUCUUCUGGUCCCUCCCUAUGGUGUUAUGGAGAGUUGUCCAAACACAGAUAGAAUGCCAGACAAGGAGACUAUGAGCAACAAUUCUUCAGGAUCCUCAUCCAAACACUUAAAAAAGAAAUCAUUUAUUCAAAGUCCCACCAAACUUCAGUCCAAAUGUAUAAAACAGGUGGCAUCAGAAAAGAUCUUACGAGCAGGUAAAGUGUUAAGAAACAUCAUCCUGUCCCGAGCACCUCAUAUGAUCAGAGACAGAAAGUACCACCUGAAGUCAUACAGGCAGUGCUGUAUGGGCACGGAGCUUGUUGAUUGGCUGUUACAGCACACUUCCUGUGUGCACUCUCGUGUUCAGGCUGUUGGCAUGUGGCAGGUUUUGCUCGAGGAGGGAGUUUUAAACCACGUGGAUCAGGAGCAGAGUUUUCAAGAUAAGUAUCUGUUCUAUCGCUUCCUGGAGGACGAAGUGGAAGACGCUCCUCUUCCCAAUGAGGAUGAAAUGAAAGAGAGUGAAGAAGAGCUCCAGGACACCCUCCUCCUCCUCUCUCAGAUCGGACCUGACGCUCAUCUGCGAAUGAUCCUGCAGAAACAGCCUGGACAGAGGACUGUAGAUGAUUUAGAGAUCAUUUACGAGGAGCUGCUGCAUAUUAAGGCUUUAUCACAUCUCUCCACCACUGUGAAGAGGGAAUUGGCUGGAGUUUUAAUCUUUGAGUCCCAUGCGAAAGCAGGCACGGUGUUAUUUAAUCAGGGGGAGGAAGGAACGUCGUGGUACAUCAUCCUGAAGGGCUCGGUUAAUGUGGUGAUCUAUGGGAAGGGUGUAGUAUGCACACUUCAUGAGGGAGAUGACUUUGGGAAGCUGGCUCUGGUGAAUGAUGCACCUCGGGCCGCCUCUAUUGUACUCAGAGAAGACAACUGUCACUUUUUGAGGGUGGAUAAAGAAGACUUCAACAGGAUCCUCAGGGAUGUGGAAGCAAACACAGUCCGUUUGAAGGAACAUGAGGAAGAUGUGUUAGUUUUGGAGAAGAGUAACAGCAGAAGUUCCAGUUCUUCUCCUCUCAAAUACACUGUGAUGUCUGGGACUCCAGAGAAGAUUCUGGAACACCUUCUGGAAACAAUGAAACUCGAUUCUCAAUUCACAGAAUCAGAUCCUGCUAUGGAUGACUUUUUGCUUAUGCACUGCGUCUUUGUACCAAACAGUCAGCUGUGUCCUCUCCUCAUGGCCCACUAUCACGCGCAGGCGUCCCAGGGCAGUGAACAGGAGAGGAUGGAUUACACUCUCAAUAACAAACGUAGAGUGAUUCGUCUGGUGUUACAGUGGGCUGACAUUAACACAGACCACCUACAAGAGGAGGACAGCUCCUACCACUUCCUUCAGGAUUUCUAUGAGAUAGUGUGUGAAGAUUCCAGACUCAUUCCAGCUCUGAAAGAUCAUCUGCCUGAACUUGAGAAGAUCAUUAAGCAAAAUUCAGAUGAUGACAGGCCCUCUCAGAAAAAGCACAAAGUCCUCCUGCGUCAGUUCAGCACAGGGAACGACAGACUGCAGAAGCGACAGCCAAUCAGAAGCACAGAUGAGAUCCUCUUUAAAGUGUACUGCAGUGAUCACACUUACACUACAAUACGAGUGCCUGUGGCAGCAUCUGUCAGAGAGAUCAUCACCGCCGUUACAGAUAAACUGGGUUCAGGUGAUGAACUUCUGCUCAUCCACCUCAGCUCGGCCGGAGAUAAAGAGGUUCUGAAGCCGUCCGACGUGUCCAUCUUCUCAUCACUGAGCAUUAAUGGUCGUCUAUUUGUCUGUACGAGAGACCAGCUGGACUCUUUGACUCCGCUACCGGAGCAGGAGGGUCCUUCUGUAGGAUCUAUGUCCACAUUUGAGCUCAUGAGCUCUAAAGAUCUGGCUCAUCAGUUGACUCUCUAUGACUGGGAACUCUUUGAUUGUGUACAUGAGCACGAGCUGAUCUAUCACACAUUCGGCCGGCAGCAUUUCAAGAAGACCACGGCUAAUCUGGACCUGUUCCUGCGGAGGUUCAAUGAGGUUCAGUUAUGGGUGGUCACGGAGGUUUGUCUGUGUCCCACAUUUAGCAAACGUGUCCAACUCCUCAAGAAGUUCAUCAAGAUAGCAGCACACUGUAAAGAGUUUAAGAAUCUCAACUCAUUCUUCGCCAUUAUCAUGGGCCUGGGAAAUCCAGCCGUCUGCCGACUUCAUCAGACGUGGGAGAAACUGCCCAGCAAGUUUAAGAAGUUUUAUGCAGAGUUUGAAAACCUCAUGGAUCCUUCCAGAAAUCACAGAGCGUAUCGACUCACAAUGGCAAAGUCAGAACCUCCCAUCAUCCCUUUCAUGCCUUUACUGAUUAAAGAUAUGACAUUUACUCAUGAGGGCAACAAAACAUUCACUGACAGAUUGAUCAACUUUGAGAAAAUGAGAAUGAUCGCAAACACAGUCAGAAUCGUGAGAUAUUGCAGAAGUCAACCUUUCAAUCAAGAUCAAGCACUUCAGGUGGCUGGUAAAAACCACCAGGAUGUCUGGAGCUACGUGCGUCAUAUAAGUGUGAUUGAUAACCAGCGCAGCCUAUCACAGCUCUCUCACAGGCUUGAGCCCCGCCGGACCUGAGCCGGAUUCACACAAUCAGUGCUGCUUUACCUCUGCCAGUGAAUAAGCUAUAGCUGUAUUAUAACAACACAAUCAUUCCUGUCCUGCUGUAUAUGCACAGUCAAGUCAAAAUUGUCUCGCCAUAAGGGCUUUUAUUAUUAUUUCUGGCUGAUUAUUUAAAAGUGUGGCUUCAUUUCAGUGUAAAGCUUCAUUUCAUUCUGUACGAUGUGCGGAUCUUUGUCAUCUUAUUUUCUGACUUACGGAUUAAAAACGUUUCUCCCAAAAUUAUCUAAUAACUGCAUAGCUUUAAACCAAUGGUGUUUCACAGUUUUGAAUCAACUUGUUUAAAGUGAAGUUUCUUUACCGAUGACUUUUUUUGUACAUUUUUGCUCAAGCAGUGUCUUUGUUUAAUAAUCAUUACAAAACUUUUUAUUUUUAAGUAAUAUUUUUUAAUAUUAAUUUGUGGAUUAGUUUUUAACAGGAUGUACAUUUUAAGAGCAUAUUUAUAUCAGUUUAGGCAUGAAGUUAAUAAGCUAAAUAUGGAAAUGAAACCAUAUGAGCACAUUUCAAAAGCCUCUUGGUGGCUUGUCUGCAAACUUUAUAUUCCUGUGUGUGUUGUGUAAAUA